UUACAGAAUAUUGAAUAAUACAAUACAGUAAGAAAAAAAUGGAUGAAGAGCCUGAAAGAACUAAGCGAUGGGAAGGAGGCUAUGAAAGAACAUGGGAGAUUCUUAAAGAAGAUGAAUCAGGAUCACUUAAAGCUACAAUAGAAGACAUUCUCUUCAAAGCAAAGAGAAAAAGGGUAUUUGAGCACCAUGGACAAGUUCGACUUGGAAUGAUGCGCCAUCUUUAUGUGGUAGUAGAUGGAUCAAGAACGAUGGAAGACCAGGAUUUAAAGCCAAAUAGACUGACAUGUACUUUAAAGUUGUUGGAAUACUUCGUAGAGGAAUAUUUUGAUCAAAAUCCUAUUAGUCAGAUUGGAAUAAUUGUAACAAAGAGUAAAAGAGCUGAAAAACUGACUGAACUCUCAGGAAACUCAAGGAAACACAUAAUAUCUUUGAAGAAAGCUAUAGAUAUGACUUGCCAUGGAGAGCCAUCUCUUUAUAACUCCUUAAGCAUGGCUAUGCAGACUCUAAAACACAUGCCCGGACAUACAAGUAGAGAAGUCCUAAUCAUCUUUAGCAGUCUCACAACCUGUGAUCCAUCUAAUAUCUAUGAUCUAAUCAAGACCCUAAAGGCAGCUAAAAUUAGAGUGUCUGUUAUUGGAUUGUCUGCAGAGGUUCGGGUUUGCACUGUGCUUGCUCGUGAAACUGGUGGCACAUACCAUGUUAUUUUAGAUGAAAGCCAUUACAAAGAAUUGCUGACACAACAUGUUAGUCCUCCUCCUGCUAGCUCAAGCUCUGAAUGCUCACUUAUUCGUAUGGGAUUUCCUCAGCAUACCAUUGCUUCUCUGUCUGAUCAAGAUGCAAAACCCUCUUUCAGUAUGGCGCAUCUGGAUAGCAACACUGAGCCAGGACUUACAUUAGGAGGCUAUUUCUGCCCACAGUGUCGGGCAAAGUACUGUGAGCUUCCUGUUGAAUGUAAAAUCUGUGGUCUUACUUUGGUGUCUGCUCCCCACUUGGCACGGUCUUACCAUCACUUAUUUCCUUUGGAUGCUUUUCAGGAUAUUCCCCUGGAAGAACAUAAUGGAGAAAGAUUUUGUUAUGCCUGUCAGGGGGAAUUGAAAGACCAACAUGUCUAUGUUUGCACUGUGUGCCAAAAUGUUUUUUGUGUGGACUGUGAUAUUUUUGUUCAUGACUCUCUCCAUUGUUGUCCUGGCUGUAUUCAUAAGAUUCCAGCUCCUUCAGCUAUUUGAUUCCAGCAUAUAAUACACAUUGAAUGUGUUAAAAAGACAUUUGCGACUGUAAAUAAAAUGAUUCUUUAGAAGUGAAG